GCUAGUACACAAUAACUAACUAUCAUCUAAUGUCGCUUAGUUAUGCACUACAAUUAAUAAUGUAUGUCAUUACUCGAUGUGAGACACUGGCGUACUGUCUUUCGACGUCUUAUAUGCUUGCUAGCUAGGGCAUAUUGUCAACCAUCGUUCGCAGGCAAACAAGAUAAGCUAGCGGCUGUGUCAGCUCUAUUCAACUGUCAUCGAUUUGUAAAUAAGACAAGUAGACACCGAUAACUGGUAUAGGUCAUCAGAGAACAUGUCAGGAAACAGCCUGGUUUUACCCAUAGUGCUCUGGGGCCGUACGGCGCCCACUCAUUGCAUCUCAAGCCUGCUGGUCAUGGAUGACUUCACCACGAUCAUCACCGGCUGCCACGACGGACAGAUCUGCAUCUGGGACAUGACCUCCGACCUCGAGAUCAGUCCCCGAGCCAUGCUGUUCGGUCACACGGCCUCCAUCACCUGCCUGUCCAAAGCCAGCAGCUGCAGUGACAAGCAGUACAUCGUCAGCGCCUCGGAGAGCGGGGAGAUGUGCUUGUGGGACGUCAGCGACGGACGCUGUAUUGAGUUCACAAAGCUCGCCUGUGCCCAUACAGGAAUACAGUUCUACCAGUUCACCGUCGGUACGCAGCGCGAGGGGAGGCUCCUGUGUAAUGGACAUUACCCAGAGAUCUUAGUGGUGGAUGCCACCAGCCUGGAGGUCCUCUACUCUCUUGUCUCUAAGAUCUCUCCUGAUUGGAUCAGCUCAAUGAGCAUCAUACGCUCACACCGGACACAAGAGGACACAGUGGUAGCGGUGUCAGUCACUGGGAUACUGAAAGUGUGGAUUGUCACCCAGGAAGUGAACAGGAUGCAGGACUUGGACCCAGUGUUUGAGGAGGAGUCUAAGCCCAUCUACUGUGGGGGCUGUCAGAGUAUCUCCUUUUGCACCUUCACACAGCUCUCUUUGCUGGUGGUCUGCUCUAAGUUCUGGAGGGUGUUUGAUGCAGGGGACUACUCCUUGUUGUGUUCGGUGCCCAGUGAGGGUGACCAGGCCUGGACCGGGGGCGACUUCAUCGCAGCCGAUAGGGUCAUUAUCUGGACCGAGGGUGGCAGCUCCUACAUCUACAAGCUCCCUGCCAGCUGCCUGCCGGCCAGUGAGCACUUCCGUUCUGAUGUGGGAAAGGCCACGGAGGGCUCCAUCCCACCACUGGUGUACAGCAUCGCAGAUCGCGUAGACAAACAGCUGCUCAUCUGUCCCCCAGUGACACGGUUCUUCUACGGCCGCCGGGAGCCCUUCCACAAGCUGCUGGUUCAGGGAGACUCUGCUGGGCGCCUGUCCCUCUGGAGCAUCCCGGAUACCUCACCCCUGCAGCCCCUCUCCACUGCGGCAGAGCUCCAGGUCUCCUCCACCAUCUCCCUCCAGGAGUCCUUUGAUAAGCUGUCUCCCCUGUCUGCCGGCAUCAUUGACCAGCUGAGCGUGAUGCCUGGGUCAGAAGAGCCCAUCAAGGUGACGGCCAGCGUCUACAUCCCCUCCCAGGGAAGGCUGGUCUGCGGCAGAGAGGAUGGGAGCGUGACACUGGUCCCUGCCACCCAGACCGCCAUCGUUCAGCUGCUGCAGGGAGAACACAUGCUGCGCAGAGGCUGGCCGCCGCAUCGCGUCCUGAGGGGUCACCGUAACAAGGUGACCUGUCUGCUGUACCCGUACCAGGUGUCGCCACGCUACGACCAGCGCUCCCUGGUGUCCGGAGGAGUGGACUUCAGCGUCAUCGUCUGGGACAUCUUUAGCGGGGAAAUGAAGCAUGUCUUCUGCGUCCAUGGGGGAGAGAUCACCCAGUUACUGGUGCCUCCUGACAACUGCAGUACCCGUGUCCAGCAUUGCGUGUGCUCUGUGGCCAGCGACCACUCGGUUGGCCUCCUCAGUCUGCGCGAGAGGAAGUGCAUCAUGCUGGCGUCACGACACCUCUUCCCCAUUCAGGUCAUCAAGUGGCGGCCCUGUGAUGAUUACCUGGUGGUGGGCUGCUCAGAUGGCUCUGUCUAUGUCUGGCAGAUGGACACCGGUGCGUUGGACAGGUGCGUGAUGGGCAUCACGGCUGUGGAGAUCCUGAAUGCGUGUGAUGAAGUGGCACCUGCGGCUGUGGACUCCCUGAGCCACCCUGCGGUCAACCUGAAGCAGGCCAUGACCCGGCGCAGCCUGGCCGCCCUGAAGAACAUGGCCACGCACAAACUGCAGACGCUGGCCACCAAUCUGCUGGCUGCCGACAAUGCAGACAAGGGUAAUCUGCAGAAGUACUCCAACACCAGUCUGGUGGUUCAGGCCAUGAAGACCAACCUCACGGACCCUGACAUGCACGUCCUGUUCUUCGAUGUUGAGUCGGUGAUCAUUCAGCUCCUGACAGAGGAGGCGCAGCGUCCCAGUCCUACCGUGGUCUCCCCAGAGACCCUCCAGAAGACCCAGGGAGCAUCCGACAAGGGAGGGUCCUUCCUGGCCAACAAGAUCUUCAAACAGGUGAAGGAGACCAUGAAGGAGACCAUCAAGGAGCACCUCCUGGACGAAGACGAGGAGGAGGAGGAGGAGCUGAGGAGGCGGGAGGAGAAGUCCAAGUCCCUGUCUCUCCUGGAGUACAACCUGACCAUGGACACGGCCAAACUGUUCAUGUCCUGUCUGCAUGCCUGGGGCCUCAAUGGGCCCCUGGACGACGUGUGCCUGACGCGACUGGGCAUGCUCAAACCCCACUGCCCCAUCUCCUUUGGACUCGUCUCCCGCGGUGGACACAUGUCCCUCAUGCUGCCCACCUUCAAGGAGUCCCUGCAGCGUCACAUGACCCAGACCACGGGCAGGAAGUGGUCCCUGUCAGAGAUGGUCGGUAAGGGGACGUACGGGGUGUCCCGGGCGGUCACCACCCAGCACCUGCUCUCUGUCAUCUCAUUGGCCAACACCCUGAUGGGCAUGACCAACGCCACCUUUGUGGGCGAGCACAUGAAGAAGGCUCCUGUUAGGCCUCCUCGGCCCGGGACCCCGGAGACCCCCAGGAGGACGGCAGCGCCCCCCCAGGCCUCCAGCCCGGCCGUGCAGGGACAGAUCAAACAAGCUGCUGCUGUUGUCGGCUCGACUGCCACACCUGGCUCGGGGGCUCCCCCCCCAGGUCCCGCUGCUUACCAAUGCCCCUCAGUCAACGAAGGGUGGAGUCAGCUGGCUGCAAUGCACUGUGUGAUGCUCCCAGACCUGCUGGGCCUGGACAAGUUCCGCCCUCCCCUGCUGGAGAUGCUGGCCCGACGCUGGCAGGAUCGAUGCCUGGAGGUGAGGGAGGCAGCCCAGGCCCUGUUGCUGGCUGAGCUGCGGAGGAUUGGUCAGUCAGGCAGGAAGGACACCAUCGACCUGUGGGCUCCCUACCUGCCCCAGUACGUCGACCAAGUCAGCUCACCGGGAAACUCCGCUGACCCAGCUGUGGCACCGGCACCGCCUCCAGAACCCGUUCCCGUGGAAACCCAGGCCCCCACUACCGAAGAGAUAGAGGUCACUGACGAUGACAUCAUAGCAGGCUGUCUGUCCAACCUGCCUCCUAAUGCCAAGAAGAUCUGCAACUCGUAUGAGGAGCGUCGAAAGCAGGCCACAGCCAUUGUGCUCCUUGGGGUCAUUGGGGCAGAGUUCGGGGCAGAGAUCGAACCCCCUAAGCUGCCGUCCAGAGCCAGAACCAGUGGACAGGCCCCAGAGGGCUUUGGACUGACAACUGGAGGGUCCAACUACUCCCUGGCCCGGCACACCUGUAAGGCCUUGACCUUCCUCCUCCUACAACCUCCGAGCCCCAAGCUUCCGGCCCACAGCACCAUCCGCCGUACAGCCAUCGAUCUGAUUGGCCGAGGCUUCACGGUGUGGGAGCCAUAUAUGGAUGUGUCGGCGGUUCUCAUGGGGCUGUUGGAGCUGUGUGCCGACGCAGAGAAACAGCUGUCCAACAUCACAAUGGGCCUGCCCCUGAACCCGGCGGCGGACUCAGCCCGCUCGGCACGCCACGCUCUCUCCCUCAUUGCCACGGCCAGACCACCGGCCUUCAUCACAACCAUUGCCAGAGAGGUCCAUAGACAUACAGCAAUGCAGGCCAACUCCCAGUCCCAGCAGAACAUCCAUAUGACUUCCCUGGCCCGGGCCAGGACAGAGAUACUGAGAGUCAUAGACAUCCUCAUCGAGAAGAUGCCUUCCGACGUGGUGGACCUGCUGGUCGAGGUGAUGGACAUCAUCAUGUACUGCAUCGAAGGCUCCCUGUUGAAGAAGAAGGGCCUCAGUGAGUGCUUCCCUGCCAUCUGCAAGUUCUACAUGGUGGGCUACUGCGACCGGAGUCACCGCAUCGCUGUGGGGGCUCGCCAGGGCUCCGUCGCCCUCUACGACGUCCGUACUGGCAAGUGCCAGAACAUUCAUGGUCAUAAAGGUCCAAUCACAGCCGUGUCGUUUGCUCCAGAUGGGAGGUACCUGGCCACCUAUUCCAACGCUGACAGCCAUAUCUCCUUCUGGCAGAUGAAUACAUCUCUGUUGGGGAGCAUUGGCGUGCUGAACUCCACCCCCCAGCUGAAGUGCAUCAAGACCUAUCAGGUCCCCCCGGUUCAACCCGCCUCCCCCGGCUCCCAGAAUGCUCUGAAGCUGGCCCGGCUCAUCUGGACGUCCAACCGGAACGUCAUCCUGAUGGCCCACGACGGCAAGGAGCACCGCUUCAUGGUCUGAGUGGGGUCGGGGGUCACCGGUUGGAGAAGAGGAGGCCCUCAUCGUUUACUAGCUCAGUUGUUUACACCCAUUCCAGAUCCUCAGCUCACUUGUUCAUCAAAUUGAUGUGUUUCUUUCUUUCCCUUACGUUUAUUUAUUUGUUUCCCUCACGCUCCGAAGCAUUUCGUUCUUUUUGUUGUUUGAAGCGAAACAUUGUCGGUGUGAUUCUCUGCUCUCUGAUCCCGUGGAAAUCUCUCUGCACCUUUUGGAAGGUUCUGCCAGGGUGCAUACUUUUCACCUUAAUAAAAUGGGUGCGUGUGAGUGAGAGAGAGCAGUCAGGUGUUGAAAGGUGUCUGCAGGUUACGCUUUUAUCAUCGAAACCUCCCCAAACAAGCGGGUCAGCUGCUGUAGGUGUUGAACGGGGUGAACCCGCUACCUGCCAGGUCAACUGAUAAUGCACACCUUUACAUGGACACAAGGGCGUGACACCCCAAAUUCAUUUUACACCCAAAUAGGGAAGAUGGGUUCAAAACCUGCCACUGUCGGGACCCAGAGAGGAAGCUCACACUGUACAGUGAACCGCACUGCGUUGGAAUGCCGGGGUUGGUCUGUGUAUCUCUGUGUUUGGUUUGUUUAUUCGUUGUUGUACAUUGCGUCUCCAGAACGUGGGGAGAUCGCAGCCCAGUCUCCUGGACGUCUUUAGGAUGUCCGGUGUUUGCUAGGUAACAGAGAAACUCAUUGAUAUGCGACAUACCAUUGGAUUCCCAUUGGAUGGUCAUCGUCAGGCAACCACGUCCCCAUGUCCUCCUAUUGUAGAUAAAGGGGUUGAGAGUUUAUAUAGAUUGAUAUUUUUAAGAAAGCCUUUACAUUGGCUAUAAUGUAGCUAGAAUUAUAUAUAUAUAUACAUGCAUUACUUGAGGUAUCAUGACUGUUUCCCAUGGAUUAGAAAUACUUCCAUUGUAAUCUGUAUAACUGGUUCCUUUCUGGGGUCAAACCCCUGACUGAUCGCAGGUUCCCAGUGUAGUUGAUGAUUUCCCUACUCUGCUCUGGCUUGAUUUUCCAGACUGCCUGCCCAUUCCUUUCCCCUUGGUCUCCUCUCUUCAUCUUCCUACUCUCUUGUCUUCUCUUUUCUCCUCUUCUCGUCUUUUCAUUCUCAACUUCUCUUCUUUAUUCUACAAUUCUCUCUGCCUUCUCCUGUUCUCUCCUAUCCUCUGUUCUCCUCUCCUUCAUGCUCCUCCUCUCUUCAUUCUCCCCUUCUCUUCCUUUUCCUCCUCUUUCCUCCUCUCUUUUCUCCUCUUUUCUCUUCUUCACUCCUCUACUAUCACUCUACUCUGUUUCCUGUCCUCUGCUCCUGUGAAGUUUCAUUAGCAGUGUAAAAGCUUCUAACACCAGAACACACCUGCAAGCCCAAGCGUGUCAGAGCUUUUCACGAGUCCCCCCCCCCCCCCCCAAAAAAAAGUACAGUUUUCCACAAUCUUGUCAAACAGCUUCUGAAGGCCUUGACUUGACUUCCCUCCAGUCAAGCAACCUUGCCAGAUCUUAAUCUGUUCCUCCUCUGCUCUCUGUAAUAUCUUCAGAAAAUGUGUUUUUGGCAGUUUCUCAGCUAGAGAAAAAAAGACAGUGAGAUGAACAAAGAGAUGGAGAGCGAUAAAGAGGGAAAUGGAGAGAGAGAUGAAUAGAUGUGGAGAAAGAGUCUGUGAGAGGAAAAGUGGAAGCUGAAGCAAGGGAAAGAGAAGGGGAGAGAUUGAAACCUGAACAGAGUAUGAGAGAGAGAGAGACAGAUGAAUAGAGUAAGUGAAGAAGGAGCGAGGCUAGAGGAGGAUGUUCGGUUUUCUUCUUACAUCGUGUUCUUUUACUGCGAGUGACAUGAAUAGGACACAGAAGACAUCACUGGGACUAACACACAACCUUGGGGAACUCCUUUGAAUUACACUGUUGUAUAAAGAGUCUGUACAGCUCCCUUUCUCUCCAGUCUGUAUGCCUGAGCACAAGAAUAGAGAUUAAAGGCCUUGUUACCACCCUGUGACAGUGACCGACAUAUGUACUGAACCAAAAUAAGGUCCAAGAGGGUGUGGUAUAUGGCCGAUAUAGACAUAGCUAAGGGCUUUUCUUAGGUGUGUGGAUACAGCCUUUAGAUUUGGUAUAUUGGUUAGAUUGCAUAAACCUCUCAGGCACCUUAUUACCCUUAUAGAAUGGUUAUCCACUUACUUUGAAUCGCAAAAACGAAAUGUUUUGUCAUCUGUUGAAUUCGGUCUGAUGUGCCAUGGCUUUCUGCCGAUCACCAAUCAGGACUCGACCCACCCAGUUUAUGAAUAUAUUGACACAUUCCAUCUCUAGAUCACUAGAAUCUAAAUACACCUAAACACUUUUGGAACACCUGGCUUGUUUGUGAUUGUCCGUUCCGAGUUUAUGUUUACCCCAGCCCUGUACCCCAACCCUGUACCCCAACCCUGUACCCCAACCCUGUACACCAACCCUGGCUGUUCGUUCCCUGACAGGUUCACCCCUGCACUAAGACAAUAGAUAUCGAGGAUUCUUCUGGCUGUCACCCUGAUACAGAGAUGGAUCUUUGUCUUUUAGAUUAUUUUCUGUAUGUUCAUUUUAUUAUUUUAUUUUUAAAGAUAGGAUGAAGAAGUGUCUUUUUGUACUUUUUUUUUUAGCUGGGUGGAAAUAUGUGAAUUAUCUUCAAUAUUGAAUUUAAAAAUACUUUAAAGGUAUAGUGUUACACCUGAAGGUUAUGCAAAGUGUUUCUCAGUUGUGAUGAUGAUGACAAUGAAAUGUUGUUUAGCUGCAGAUUUCUUGUUUCCUAGAUCACAUUCUAUAAAUUUUUCCCAGUUUGCAUGAGUGCUAUUUUUACGAUGUAUUUAUUGUUUUUCAGGAAUCUCUUUUGUUAUUAUAUCAGUGUACCGUUGUAUACAUUUUUUGCUGGCAAAAGAAUAUUUCAGAUUAAUCUGAGCUGCAGUAUAGAACAUCGUCUACAGUUCUAUGUCUGCCCGAUUUUGUCUCCCUGUGUUUUAUUUUUAAGCUUUCUUUCUCCUUUCUCCUUUUUUGGCGAUUAGUAAAUAACAAAACAAUUUGAUCAAAGUUGAAAACUAAUGGAACAUGUUGAAGAUAACUGGGUUGUGAGGCACCUCCCACUUUAAAAUACAUUUGGAAUUAUAUAUAUUAUUAAUGACACUGAAAAAAAUAAGAAGAAUUGGGCAUAAAGAAUUCAGAAAAUCUAGCCUAAUUUCAUGAACACAAGGGGGCGGUCUAGUGCUUAAGUUGCUUUUAGUAUCGUAUCUCCAGCUCUGCAUUCGAAACGGCCCUCCUUUUGAUUGUAGAAUCGUGACUCAGCGUUAUCUAGCGUGUUCCCAGUGAUUUGAUAACGAAGGUGGUCUGCCUGUUGCCUGUGUUGUAGAUGUGCUGUAACUGAGUACUCAACAGUCAUGCUGUGUAGUGUGUAUUUGUGCUUCAGAUUGCUCACCCAAUGUAAUGUAUAUUGAUUAAGGCGUGCUGUUAAGUCUGUGUUUAAGACAUUAUGACGUGUUUGACUUCUGUGUUCAAUUAAAAUGUCUGAAAGUGA